AUGGUGCCAAGAAAAAUGAGUUGUAUUGCAGCGAUGAGCAGCAAAAAUAGAGGCAUUGGAAAAGAUGGAAAGCUUCCCUGGCGAUUGAGAUCAGAAAUGAAAUAUUUCACAAGAAUUACAACAGAUGUCAAGAAUGAAGGGAAACAAAAUGCAGUUAUAAUGGGAAGAAAGACGUGGGAAAGUAUUCCUGCAAAGCAUUUGCCUCUUGCAGGAAGACUGAAUGUUGUUCUUAGUAAAACAAUGAGCUCUGUACCAGAGGGUGUUUUACUCUGUCCAGAUUUAAAUGAAGCCAUGGAUGUCCUGUCUAAAGCCCCAUAUGAUCAAAGUAUUGAACAUGUUUUUAUCACUGGAGGCUAUGGUGUGUAUAAGGAAGCAAUGAACAUGCCAAAUCUUCACAGAUUGUAUCUUACUGAAGUUCAUAUGGAUGUUGAAUGCGAUACAUUUUAUCCUAGUUUUGACAAAGAAGAUUUCAAUGUUAUCAGUGACCUGGAUGUGCCUGAAAAAAUGCAAGAAGAAAAAGGAAUCAAGUUUAAAUAUUUUGUUUUUGAAAAGAAGGAAGCUGUUUGUAAUGAAUGACCAAGUAAGCCUUCAAAGAUUUGCGGGCCACAUAUGGCGGCCUUUGUGUGGCCCAGAAGGAUGCUAAUCAGUAAAACUUAUUAAACUAGCAUCACUACC